AUGGAGAAGGAUAAUAGCAAUAAGAAGAGUCUCUCUGAACAGCUCAAGUACACGAAUGCCCCCGUCUUCUCCACCGCCAUUUUCGCCUUCAUAAUGCUGCUUGUUGUGGUGGGAACAAUGCUCUCAAACAUGUCUCUAGAGUCAACUUUCUUCUGGACAACACCGACCUCUGAGGUAAUCACAAUGGAGAGAAAGCCAUUGGCUCCUCCUAAGAACAGUUCAAGCAGAUACAGGAUGGCUUGGCUUCGUUCUCACCUCUCAGAGUUCGAGGUUUUCAAGUCAACUAACCUCUCGGAGCAGUUUCAUCAAAGGGUUCUUGACUCUUUAAAUGAUGAAUGCGAGGUUAGAUUCUUCAUGACAUGGUUCUCACCAGCAGAUUAUUUCGGAAAGAGAGAGUUUCUAGCUGUAGAAAGCGUCUUUAAAACCCAUCCUCAAGGCUGCUUGAUGAUUGUAUCAGGAUCCAUGGACUCUCCACAAGGAAGUACCAUCCUUAAACCGCUACUUGAUCUUGGGUACAAGGUGUUUGCAUCCACACCAGACAUUUCAUCCCUUCUUGAGAACACACCAGCCAAAACUUGGUUUCAAGAAAUGAAAAGCUGCAAAAGAGAUCCAGGAAGGAUACCGUUAUCUCAGAACCUUUCAAACCUCGCAAGGCUAGCGAUUCUAUACAAGUACGGAGGU